GUAUGUGUUUGAGGCUCUCCUGCUUUUUGGACAGAAACCAGAGUCGACAGAACUAGAUUACCAAAUUGUCUUUACGUUUUUAUCUCAGCUAGGUCUUCAAAGAAAGUAAGGUGUUCACACCACUCAAAAUGAAAGGAACUGAAUUUCACCUUCCACUGGCCGAGUAUGAUUUCGAGCGGCACUUUGAUGAGAGGAUUGCCAUUGAAUGGAUGCAAGACAACUGGAAAAAGUCAUUUUUAUUUGGUGGUGUGUAUGUAGUGCUUGUGUUUGGGGGGCAGCACUUUAUGAAGGAGAGACAGAGACUUAAUCUGCGGAGACUAUUGGUGCUGUGGUCUCUCAGUUUAGCCAUCUUUAGUAUUGUUGGAGCUGUGAGAACUGGGUGCUACAUGUUACACGUUCUCAGCACCAGUGGUUUUAAACAGUCUGUUUGUGAUCAGAGCUUCUACAAUGGACCAGUUAGCAAGUUCUGGGCUUGUGCCUUUGUGCUGAGCAAAGCCCCAGAGCUAGGGGACACCAUAUUCAUUGUCCUGCGUAAACAGCGACUCAUCUUCUUGCACUGGUAUCAUCACAUCACUGUACUGGUGUACUCCUGGUAUUCCUACAAAGACCAAGUCGCUGGUGGCGGAUGGUUCAUGACCAUGAAUUACACCGUGCAUGCACUCAUGUACAGCUACUACGCUGCUCGAGCCGCAGGACUCCGUGUGCCGAAACCCUGUGCCAUCAUUAUCACUUCCUCCCAGAUAGCCCAGAUGGCCAUGGGGCUGGCAGUAAGUGCACUGGUGUACCGGUGGAUGCAGGAUGGGGAUUGCCCUUCUUAUGUCAAUAACAUAGUGUGGGCUUCACUGAUGUAUCUUAGCUAUCUGCUGCUCUUCUCUUCUUUCUUUUAUCAGUCUUAUGUGAAGGGUUUAAAGCCCACGGGCAUCAAAACUGACUGAGAUACAGACUAGAGGAUUAUAAUGUUGUGUUAUUUACCUUUGUCAGUGUUUUACAUAAUUGCUAUUAGAGUCUGGCUAUAUUAUGAUGUUUCAGGACCUUUUUUUUAGUCUUGUAUUGUUUGAAAGGUCAAGUGCAACCAUUGAUUUUGUGGUUCUGAGAAGGAAAAUGAUUUGACAAUUUUUGGAGGGCUAUUUUAAUCCUUCAGUCAGUCUAACAGGCCAAGAUGUCUAAUCUUUAGAAGUCCAUGUAUGUUUACUCUUAUAGCAGACUGACAUGCCCUGAACUCCUCUCAGAUAUAUGGUGUAUUCCUGUAAUGUAUGUAUGUUUGUUUGUUUGUCUGUGCAGUUGUGCACCUUUUAUUGGGCCACACAAUGUAAAAUCAAAGUCACCAUUCUGCAGAUGUGCUUCUGUUAAUGUGGGGCAUGUAGGUGCAGUGCUUGUGUACUACUGUGUUUCAACCUCAUGAUGUCACAGAAACUUGAAUUAUCUGUUCUGACUGGUUGGACUGGUUCCUAUAAAUUUAAAUUGGUGGACAGUGUCUAAACUGGAAUUUUCUAGAUGUUCCAGAAUGAUGACGCCCUUGUCCCCCCUCAUUCUGUUCAUUCUUCUAUCACUGCAGCUCUAAUUUGCAGUAAUUCCUGUUUGUGGUUUUAUUGAAUCUGAAUCUCACUUGCCCUGGAGUGACGCAUGGGCAGAGUCGGUAUGAAAUUGUUCCUUAGUUCUGAGAUUUACUGGCUUUACGACCUGUUAUGACGACAUCACAAUUUAUGCUUGACAGGGAAGUUAUCCUUUAGCCAUCCAUAUAAUGUUGGUUGUUUCUUGCAUCAUUAGUUAAAUGUACAGCUAUAUCUAUUUACAUUAUCACAUUUGGUUGAGGCGUUUUAAAUAUUUUCUUUAACCAGAAUUAGUAUUUUUAAGUUAAGGAUUACAAGUAAAGGUUCCCACUUAAAUGGAUAUUUUUCUAUAUAUUUUAUUCUGUAAUAGACUUCUGAUCAUUCAUACACAAUAUCUGAAAUGUUGCUGCUACAACUUCUCAUCUCCCGUCUGUAGAAUCACCAUUUAUUUCAAGUCUGAGUUUUUGUUUGUUUGUUUCAAGGGCAUUUUGAUAUUUUAAAGAUAUAUUUUAUGACUCAUUUUGUCAUUUAAUAUGGCAGCCAUAGAACAAUUUUUUUUUUUACAUUGUGUUAGAAACAGCCAAAUUGAAUGUGUGCCAGAAGUCUUCACCACCAACCUUGGACUUUAUGGCUUAUGUUUCUUUUUAAAGGAGGCCAAAUGUGUAAAAUUUAGUUUUGUCCUAGCUGAUCCUGUGUGCAGGUUAUUGGCUAAUAUAAAGGGCUGUGAAGUGUAUCCCAUGAUUAAUCAUGAUGUU